AUGACCCUUCGCUUUGAGGAUGUCAAGUACGAGGUCGAUGUCGGGGAUCCCAAAAACCCUCAGGUCAAGCCCAUUCUCAAGGGCCUCUCCGGCCAGGUCGAGCCCAGCAGCCUCCUCUCCAUCAUGGGCGCUUCGGGCGCUGGCAAGACCACCCUCCUCAACAUUCUCGCCGGCCGCCUCUCCGCUGCCGGCGGUGGUCGCACCUCGGGUCGCAUCCUCGUCAAUGGUCAACAACGCAACUAUUCCACCUUUCGCAAGCUCUCCGCUUACGUUCUCCAGAACGAUGUCUUUUACGCCGAGCUCACCGUGCGCGAGACCAUCACCAUCUCUGCCAAACUCCGCCUCCCCGCCGACAUGAGCAAAGAGGAGCGCCAGCAACGCAUUGACAACGUCAUUGCCGAGCUCGGCCUCAAAAAAUGCGAAGACACCCUUGUCGGUAACGACGUCAUUCGCGGCGUAUCCGGUGGUGAGCGCAAACGCUGCAACAUUGGUACUGAGCUCGUCACCAACCCCACCCUCGUCUUCUGCGACGAACCAACCUCGGGCCUCGACGCCUUCAAUGCCCAAAACGUCAUGAGCAGCCUCCUCACCCUGGCUCGGGCUGGUCGCACCGUCAUUGCCACCAUCCACCAGCCUCGUUCCGAAAUCUUUGGCAUGCUCGAUCAACUCAUGCUGCUCAGCGAAGGUCACACCAUGUACUUUGGCAAGGCGGCCAACGCCGUCAACUACUUUGAUCAGCUCGGCUACGGCUGCCCCCCCACCUACAACCCCUCUGAUUGGUUCCUCGACCUUGUCUCCCUCGAUAUUCGCAACCGUGAUGCCGAACGCCAAACCAAAAAACGCAUCCAAUACCUUGCCGAGCGCUUCCGCGACUAUGAACAGAAACACCCCAUGUCUUCUGUCAAGACAAUCCGUGGCGGUGCUCCCCUGGCGCUGACGUCCAGCGAUGCCGAAGCCGGGAGGACUGAAGACCCGGACAGCAACUAUGCCGUCUCAUGGGGCCGCCAAUUUUGGAUUCUUCUUCAACGAGCUGCCACCAUCACCUCCCGCGAAAAAGCCACCAACAUGGCUCGUUUCAUUCAGUCUUUGAUCUUUGGUCUGCUUUUGGGCUUGAUCUGGCUGCAAGAAGGUGGCGAUGAGAGCACUCGCGUCCGCUCCACCGCCGGUGCCCUCUUCUUUUUGAUCAUGAACCAGAGCUUUGGCGGCGUCUUUAGUAUUAUUUUCGUUUUUCCUGAAGAGAAGGCCAUCAUUCAUAAGGAGCGAUCCUCUCGAUCUUAUCAAGUCGGCGCUUACUUUUGGUCCAAGAUGCUGGUCAACAUUCCUCGAUCGCUCCUGGCCAAUUUGAUCUUUGCCAUCAUUUCGUACUUUAUGAUUGGUUUCCGCCUCGACGCGGGAUCCUUCUUUGGCUUCCUCCUCGUUGUCUUCCUGGCCACCCAAGCUGCGGAGAGCAUUGCCUACUGUGUUUCCGCCAUCUCCGACACUGCCCAGAAAGCUGGUGCGAUUGCGCCAAUCUUUGUGGUCACCAGCAUGCUCUUUGGUGGAUUUUUCAUCAGCCAAGAAGAUAUCCCUGUUUGGUUGAGCUGGUUGCAGUACCUCUCUUAUGUCAAGUAUGCUUUUGCUGGCUUGAUGCAAAUGGAGUACCAAAGCCGUGACCUGGACUCGUCAGGCUGCGAUUUCAGCGACUCGACUGAAUCCACGUUUUGCCCUCCCACGGGCGCCGAUGUCUUGGACUAUUAUGACAUUAAUGAGAUUAACUUUGGCAUCAAUGUGCUAGCACUAGUUCUUAUGGCGGUUGGCUUCCGCGCUUGUGCAUAUGGAUGCCUCCGUGGUCGCGGCCCGAAGUAUGACACGACCAUCUAAAUGUGGGGGCAACGCCCUCGCCAUACACGCUUUCUUCUGUUGUUUUCUAUCUCUGCUUUGAUCUCUGUUUUGUCCUGUUUUGCGGGAAGAACAACUCAGGUGGCACGCGCGCCCCACUUUUCGAGUGCUGGUCCGGCGUGUGUGUUAUUGUGGUGGUGAGCAUGUACUGCGAAUUGUAUUCCUUCGUUGGAGGUUGGUCUAUCAUGUCGUGAAUAUCAUGAAGAUGCACAUGCUGUCCAAGGGUUUUUGGGUGCGUUGCAUGAAGCGUGCACUGUGAGACUCGCUUAUCAGUUGUAAAUUGACAUCCGUAU